AUGGAAGAUAAGACCUACGAGGGUCCUCAUGACGCCGGCGUGCAUAUCGAGGAAGGUGGAAGGCAACAAGGUGACGGCUUCUUUAGCAGCAUACAAGCACGCUAUGCCAAAGUUGAUCCAGCAAGCUAUCUGCGUCGUCCUGACGAAACAGGUUUCCAAUACUGGGGUCGUCGUCUCGGCUCCUUGAAGCCUGUUGAGCUUUUGCUUGCUGAAUAUGCAAAUACCGAACUGCGACAGUACUUGAACGCGUGGCAGCUUGUCUUCAUUGGUAUUGGUGCUAUUAUUGGAACUGGUAUCUUUGUACUGUCCGGUCAAGCCGCCGCACAAAAUGCUGGUCCUGCCGUUACUGUUUCAUUUAUUGUAGCUGCCUUCGCUUCAGCCUUUGCUGCACUGAGUUACUCUGAGCUGGCCUCUAUGAUUCCAGUAUCUGGUUCGGCUUAUACUUACGCAUACGCAACCAUGGGCGAGUUUGUUGGUUGGACCCUUGGCUGGGAUCUGGUUCUCGAGUAUAUGGUCGGAGCUGCUACUGUUGGUGUCGGCUGGUCCGGUUACUUUAAAAAAUUCUUUGAAAUAUUCGACAUUCACUUUGCUAACAGCUGGACCGAACCUACCGUCAUUUGGGAAGAGAACCCUGCUCGUAUCUACUAUGCUGAAGGCCAUGCUUUUAAUGUCCCUGGUUUCGUUGUCAUCAUGCUUGUAACCAUUGUCCUUUGCGUUGGUAUUCAACAAGCCUCAUGGGUCAAUACCGUCAUUGUCAUUAUCAAGCUUGUUGUCGUUGUUAUGUUUAUCUUUGCUCUCUGCGGUUUUGUUGACGAAACAAACUACGAUCCUUAUGUGCCACCAAACACUUCAGGCGACUGGCAUUUCUUUGGUGCUCCUGGUAUAUUUGCGGCUGCAACAACUGUCUUUUUCGCAUACAUUGGUUUUGACUCUGUCACCACCGCUGCUAUGGAAUCCAAGAACCCCAAGCGUGAUUUGCCUAUCGGUAUUAUUGGUUCCCUUAUCGUCACUACUGUCCUUUACAUUGGUUUCUGUACUGUCAUGACCGGUGCUGCUCAUUAUACUGAGCUCAACACCGCUACUCCUGUCAUUACCGCCAUUGAAUUCGUCGAACUCCGUACCGAACGUAGCUGGUUGUGGCUCAAGAUCAUUACUAUUCUUGGUGCCUUGGCUGGUUUGAGCUCCGUGUUGCUGAUCACUAUGCUUGCACAAACCCGUGUGUUCUACUCUAUGGCCAAGGACGGUCUGCUUCCCGCAGUAUUCGCCAAGGUCCACCCCCGUUUCAAGACGCCCUACCUGGCCACUAUCCUUGUCGGUACCAUUACUGCCUUAUUGUCUGCUAUCUUGCCCGUCGACUUGCUCGGCAACAUGACCUCUGUCGGCACGCUUCUGGCUUUCUUCAUUGUCCACGCUGGUGUGAUUGUGUUGCGUUUCACGCGUCCUGACGUUGAGCGUUGGUUCAAGAUUCCUGGUGGCAAAUACUUCUUUAUCGUUUUCCCAGGGCUUGGUAUGGUCAUUUGCGUACUCUUGAUUGCCGUCGCCGAAGUCUCCACCAUUUGGCGUUUGUUUGUCUGGAUGGGUGUUGGCUGGAUCGUCUACUUUGCAUAUGGUAUCCGCAAGUCCAAGUUGCAUCGCGAUCCUAUCGGUCGCUUUGCUGAGGUCAAUGCCCAUCCUGAGCAGUCCAAGGAAGAAGUCUAUCCUGUCCAGGAUUACGACUACCAGGACCGAAGCUAA